UCACCGUCCACAUUAAAGACCAUUGAUCAAAUGGUUAACAUUUGUGGUAUCGACGUGAUACUUGCAUUGCAGCCCAUUAAAUGUGCUCGUUAUCAAGCGAAGAGUCUAGAUUGAAGGAAUAGACUGUUUAGUGUCCCAACGUAGUUAGGAAGGCUAUAACUUACAGUGCUCCGAGGAAACCGGAGCAUUUCUCCUUCUACUUUUACUCUCUCUUUAUUUCUUUCCUUCUUCCUGCGGAUGACCAAACGCUUUGUGGGAUAAGAGGAAUAAAUACCAGCAACGAUGUGAAGAAGAGAUUACAGUGAAGAUUAGAUCUGAAGCUCUAUCAGCCUUGUUAGUUUUAGACGAUCCUUCAUGUACACAACAGUUAGCUCCAUCAGAAACUAAUCAAACAUUGAAAAAGCAUGGCUAUCGAGUUGAAGCUGCUAAUCGACAAGGAGAAAAAUAGAGUCGUGUUUGCCGAAUCCGAUACGUUUUUUGUCGAUGCCCUCUUCAGCUUCUUGACGGUACCAAUAGCUACUGUGGUGCGACUCAGCAGCAAGAAAUCCAAUCUCGGAAGCAUGGAUGCGUUGUAUGAGAGCAUAGAGAAUCUCCAUUCUCGAUAUCUACAGACAGAGGCUGUGAAGGAGAUGUUGCUCUGCCCACGAAGUGCCUCGGAGGCCCAAACAAAGGACGUAGCGCUAAAUGUCAAUGCAGAGGUUACUACGUAUUACAUAUGUGAAAAUUGUCGUUUCAAUGGGGCCGACCCCUUAAUCAGUACUGUUAAGAACGUCCGAUGUCGCUGUGGAGGAGCGAUGAUUGUCAAGAUAGUUUUUAGGAAGUCAAAGCCAGUUGUGGACGGUAGCGAUGAGGGAGUCUUUGUGAAGAGAACAAUGAGGUUCAUGAUAAGCGAUGAUCUACAGGUGGGGCCCAUUUCCACGAAUGCCUGCCUAUCGCUGCUUAACGAGCUUGGAGUCAGGGACAGGGCUGCUCUCGAGGAGAAGAGUGUGAAUGUGGGUACCAAUGAGGCAUUGCAUAUACUGAGACAAUUGAUGGUCUCCAACACACCUUUGACGGACGUGUUUCUGCCGAAGCCAGAUGCUCUUGGGAAUGCUUCUGGCGCCCUAAAGUUGUACCUCGAAGACAUAGCCACAGAUAAGAAAGACACUGGCAAGAAGAUGAGCGUGAAGCUUCUGGUCAGCGAAUCCAAGAACAAGGUGUUGUAUGCAGAGGCCACAAAUGACUUCUUGGACCUUCUGUUCAGCUUCCUCACCUUCCCUCUUGGGUCCAUAGUAAAGCUCUUGGGCCCAGGUUCUUCUAUCAGAUGUUUGGACAACUUGUACAGAAGCGUGGAAGAUUUAAGCCGUGACGACAAUUGUAUCAUUUCGGAGGAAUGCAGGGCCAUGCUACUUGACCCCAAGCUAUCGGUUCAUUCAGGUUGUGACAACCAGCUACUGCCUGUCGUGGAUACGGGCCCUAUGACAAUCGACACUUCUCUCUUUCGGGAAUGUCAAGUCACUUCCAUCCCUCGUAUCGUUUUUCUAAGCCCUUGUUCAGCAUUCCAUUUCAUAAAUCCGAAGUUAAGUGGUGCAGCGACGGAGUGUGGAGGAGGAUUUGUGAAGGGACCGAAUACGAUGUUAAUGGUAACAGAUGGGUUAGAUGUGAAGCCUCUAUCGUUUAUUUCAGGCAUUCCAAUCCUUGACAGAUUCGACGUGCCCAUCAGCGAUGUACAGGAGCGAGUAGUGAGCGUGGGUGAGGAAGAGGCUCUAUCUCUACUGAAGGCUGCUUUGUUCUCCAGAACAGUUCUGAGUGAUGUCUUCUGUCAGAAGAAAGUAAAUCAUAUGGAGAUCAAAUUGGAACGUGAAUGACAGCGUCAACUAGAUGGCUAGGAUCGUCUUAUUUUGGACCAUGCCCUGUUUACUAUGACAUAGAGGAGCAUAUCCACUCUCUAUUAUAGUUAUACAAACUUGGAUUUGUAAUUUAUAUAUGGGUGUUUGAAGCUUUAUAGGUCUCACUUGCCAAUUUUAGAA